AUGGCCGCUCCUCGUAUCUACAACAAUUCAGGCUACCUGCCUAAUGGAGCCACCAAUCUUCCCCCGGGUGCCGCCCCUCUGCUGCCCAAUCAGGGCCGAAUAAUUCAGACUGGCCCAAUCCGAGUACUUUGCAUAGCCGAUGUUCGAGGAAACCUUCGUUCCCUUAACGAGCUCGCCAAGAACGCCCGUGCCGAUCACAUCAUCCAUACUGGCGAUUUCGGUUUCUACGACGACACUUCUCUCGAGAGGAUUGCGGAAAAGACCCUUAAGCAUGUCGCCCAAUAUUCCCCUCUGAUCUCCGAGACCGUCAAGAAGGCUAUCCAAGCCGGCCCCAGCCCCGUCAAGACUCGCUUCGCCCCCCACGAUCUCCCUUUAUCCGAGCUUCCCCUCUUGCUCAGUGGCGAGCUGAAGCUUGACGUGCCUGUGUACACAGUAUGGGGAGCUUGUGAGGACGUCCGAGUGCUGGAGAGGUUUCGAUCCGGCGAAUACAAGGUGCACAACCUCCACAUCAUCGACGAGGCCCGAUCCAUGCUCCUAGAGAUUGGAGGUGUCAAGCUGAGGCUCUUGGGUCUAGGUGGUGCCGUUGUCAUGCACAAGCUCUUCGACAAUGGUGAGGGCCGAACCACGAUCGCUGGUGGCCAGGGUACCAUGUGGACCACUUUGCUCCAAAUGGGCGAGCUCAUCGACACGGCAAAUCGAGUUUACGAUCCAACCGAGACCAGGAUCUUCGUUACCCACGCUUCGCCUGCGCGGGAGGGCAUCCUCAACCAGCUUUCCGUCACUCUCAAGGCCGACUUUUCCAUCUCCGCCGGUCUUCACUUCCGUUAUGGCAGCUCCUACAAUGAAUUCAGUGUGAACCCGACUCUCGAUCACUACCGUGGUAAGCUUGCCGCGUCCAAGGCCUCUUUCAACGACGUCUGGGAGACGGUCAAGGGUGAAGUAGAGCCCGCCAUUCAGCAGAACGAGGCACAGCAAAAUCUGCUCAAGAACGCUCUUCAGAUCGUUGAAAAGAUGCCUACUACUGCCGCUGGAGGUAACCCCUUCGGAGGCCCCGUCGCCGGCCAGACAGCUCUUGGCCAGGUCGAUGAGAGCGCUUUCAAGAACAUGUGGAACUUCAACCUUGCAGAUGCCGCCUUUGGCUGGCUUGUCCUCGAGAUCCAGGAUGGAAGGAUUGGUACCGAGAUGCGUGCCCAAGGCUUCAACUUUGCCCACCGUGGAUCAAAGCAGCCACCCGCGUCCAUCCCCGUACAGCCAGCGCCGGCUUCACCUGCAGUAUCUUCCCCCAACCCCCAGGCCAGCCAACAGCCCGCGCCUCCUGCUGCCGCCCCCAGCCGACAAGCACCUGCGGCCCAGCAGCCUAAGCCCGCUGUUCCUUCUCCGGCCCCUGCCAGCGCUCAACCUAAAGUCGUUACUCCCCAGCCUGCUCCUACCAAAGAGCCCGAGAAGCAGGCCCCUGCGGCUAAUGGAUCCACCCCUACACCCGAAACGUCGGCCUCGCCAGCGCCCAAGACACCAGCGCAGGAAAUCAUCGGCCUUUUCAUUAUGAACGUUAGCACCGAUGACCAGGCCCGUGAUCUCUUCACAGAUGAGGAUAAAGCCAAGAUUCUCAAGAUCGAGAAGUGGGGUGCAUCGAACAAGGUCGCCCAGUUUAAGACGACCGAGGAACGCGACGCCGCUAUGGCUCGACUACCCGAUGACAUCAAGAACCGAACUCAGGAGGACCGGUCUAAGCCCCUCGUUAAGAUCUUCCAACCCCGCGAGUCCAAGCCGUACAGCAGGGGCGGCGGUGCCGGGAAUUGGGGCAGCAGCGGUCGUGGCGGUUCUUCCAACGCGGGUAGCGGCUACCGAAGUGCCGGUGGCGGCGCGAGCGACUCAGAGAGCACCCGACGAGGUGGUAGGGGUGGCCGUGGUCGUGGCGACCGUAGCCGGGGAGGCAGGGGCCGAGGUGGCCUGAAGGAUGGCGGCGCUUCCUCGCCUGCUCCCUCUUCUGCCACCCCUGUUCCGGAGUCGUAA